UUUUCUUAUUACUUUAAUUUUAGUCAAUUAACUUAAAAAUGAAAAUUAUGCUUAUGUUAAAAAGAAUUUUCUACGUUAAUGGAGCUGCCUCUUUGCCAAUUGGAAUAUGUCUUGUUGUAUUUUUUCUUAAUUUACUUAACGGAAUGGCAACAACAAAUCUUGCUUCAUAUUUACCGCAACUCAUUAAGACAUUUAAUGUGACUGAAGUAAAUGUAGGAAAAUAUGCUGGAGUUGUUUCAUCCUCAUUGUCCAUAAUUAGAAUAGGAAGCAGCUUAUUAUGGGGCUAUGUAUGUGACAAAUUUGGCAGAAAAGUUGCACUUCUUUUUUGUGGAUCUGGUUAUACUGUAGCAACAUUGUUAUUUGGAUUCACAAUCAACUAUGUAUGGACUGUAGUUACUCGAUCGUUUCAAGGAUUGUUUAUGGGUUUUCUUGUAAUUACAAAAUCAUUGAUAGCUGACAUUUCAGACGAUAGCAAUCUCUCUAUUGGUUUGAACUUUAUAUUUUCUGGAAAUAACAUUGGCUUCAUAAUUGGACCAAGUAUUGCUGGAUUUCUUGUGUUUCCUGUUGAGAAGUAUCCCAAAGUAUUUGCUAAAGAUGGAUUUUUUGAUGUUUUCAAAAUCUUACUGCCAAACUUAAUUAUAAGUAUUGGAUUAAUUGUUGUUCUUUUGGUUGCUUUUGUUGUUCUUCCAAGACAGAAAGUAUCUGUUGAUGAGUCAGAAAAAAUUAAACUUCUUCAAUCUGAUAAUAAUGAUGAUGUGCAGAAAAAUGGUGAAAUCUCUUUAGUAAAAGAGAAUAUAUCAAAAUUAAAAACGAAUACAAAGUUUGAUUCCAAAGAUGAAACAGAAUCAGAAUUAAAAUAUGGAACAGUUUCAAAGUUUAGAGAAGAAUCAAGAUACAAAAAGUUGUUAAGAAACAAAAACUUUAUCCUUUCAAUAUCUCUAUAUGGAAUGUCUACAAUGACAACUGGUGGCUUUGAUGAUUUGUUUCCAGUCUUUGCUGCUACAGAUGUUAAAUACAAUGGUUUAAGCAUGAAGACAUCAGAUAUUGGAACAUUAUAUUUUGCCACUGGAUUAACUGUGGUUGUAAUUCAAUUUACAGUUAUUACAAAGAUUGUUGCCAGGUUUGGUGCAAAAAAGGUAUUUUCUGUUGCUACAGUUCUUUUCAGCAUUCAGAUUUUUCUGCUUCCAACCACAAAUAAGAUCAAAAAUAGAACUUUCCUAUGGGUUGCAUUAUGGCUCACUCAAUGUUUAAUGAGAACAACAUAUAAUGCUGGUGUUAUGUGCGUGAAUAUAUUUAUAAAUAAUUCAGUUGAUUCUGAACAACUUGGAGUGGCAAAUGGGUUAGCUUUAUCAGUAUCAUCGAUUGGAAGAUCUCUUAGCUCUAUAAGCGUUGGGCUUGCUUAUUCGUGGUCUCUUAACAAUGUUAAAAAAAGAUCAUCUAAAGAGAGCAGUCUUGGUUUUCCGUUCAACGAAUAUUUUGCUUUUAUUAUUUUGUCGUUUUUAUCAAUACUUAUAACGGUUGUUGCUUCGUUUCUUCCUGAAAGUAUAAAUAAGAAGAAAAUUCCUGAAUGUAUAACUAAGAUAAAAAUUCCUGAAAGUAUAUAUAAAGAGAAAAUACCAGAAGAAAUUGAAGAAAAAAGCACUUUAUAAAGUGCACACAUAAAUUAUAUUUUACUUGCAAGUAUUUUUUUUUUUUAUUAUUAGAAGUAGGAAAAAAAUAUUGAACAUAUUAGAAAUAUUGUUUAGUUAACUUGGUAA